UCGGAUGUGAUAACAUGCUUAUUUUUCCAUCAUCCCUUCAUGGUUAUCGAAUUUAUUGCCCGUCAUUGGCUCAAUAGGUGUUUCGGGUCUCCGAAUUGAUUUUUUAAAAUGAGAAAUUACUGAAGAACACAAUUUCCAAUGUUGGCAGUGGGCGACUCGCCGCUUCUUAUUUGGAAUAUACUCCUGCCUUCCGAUUUCGUGUCGUUUUGAUUAUGGAAACGUGUUCUUUGAGUCACGUAGUCCUAGCCCGUCUUUUUCUUGUGGUCCUCUUGAUCGUUCUGAGGCCCAUCAAUGCGUGGACGUACACCUCCAGCAGCAACGAUAUGGAUAGGACACUGGUAACGAGGGGAUACUUUUCUUCCAACGUUACGAACUCUGAAGAAAUAACUGCCUUACCAAAAUACUUGUUUACUACUUCGGGAACUUCUAAAGACUUUAGGGAGGUAUCAUCGCCAUCAACUGGAACAGAACAAUACCACCGAGUCCGGCAUUCUGAUGACAGUGAGACCCGGACAUUGAGUGAAGACAAAUUAGCCACUGAACAGAACACACAUCUCUCCACGGUCUCAACCCGCGGGGGAUCAGAAGGAACCCUUAGUUUGUCGAAAGAGCAGAUGAGCUCUACCAUUGUAGUGUCCACAGAGGCUACCACACAUUGGGAAGACCAGACCAGACUAGCACCAGACCACCUACUAGAGACCUACCCUGGGCUUCGAGUGGACCUCAGCUCUGUGACACAAGCCAGACUCUCUCAGGACAGCCCUGAUGCUGACAGCAGUCUCAGGCAGGACCAGUCGACGAACCGAGGCACCGUGGGUCUCAGGCAGGACCAGUCGGCGAACCGAGGCACCGCGGGUCUCCGAGAGGACCAGUCGACGAACCGAGGCACCGCGGGUCUCCGAGAGGACCAGUCGACGAACCGAGGCACCGCGGGUCUCCGAGAGGACCAGUUGACAAACCGAGGCACCGCGGGUCUCCGAGAGGACCAGUCGACAAACCGAGGCACCGCGGGUCUCCGAGAGGACCAGUCGACAAACCGAGGCACAGUGGGUCUCGGGGAGGACCAGUCGACGAACCGAGGCACCGCGGGUCUCCGAGAGGACCAGUCGACAAACCGAGGCACCGUGGGUCUCGGGCUUGGGCAGUCAACAACCACUCUCAGACAGGACCAGUUGACAGACCUAGGAACCGUGGCUCUCCCCAUCCCCAUCCAAACUGACAGCACCUACAUCUCCUCCACUGUGAGUCGAGCGGGAGAGAGGACUUUACUGUCUGUGAUAUCCAACCACACUUCUAUGUACUCUGAGGACUCCAACUCCUCCUCCCAGUCCCGGGCCUCCACCUGGGACCUCCCGACUGGCCGCUCUGGAGCCGGGGCUGGGGCCGUCACCAUCAGCAUACCCUUCACAGGACCUGAGCAUGGGCAUGAUGCUACAUCUGGGUCUGACUCUUACCACCACACCGACUCCUCACAGGAGUGGUCUGGUGGUUUUGCCUCCAGAGGGACCAACCCACUGACUGGACCUCUCAAUGUGACCCAACAGCAGGACCUCACCUCUCUGGUUUCAGAGGGAACCCCCAACUCCACCCCUCCGCUCAGGGUGGUUGAUAACCACAGCAGACGGGACACAGACACAACAGACUCUAGUCAGCCCUCCAGAGGCAGGACAUCCCAGACAGAAGAGGGGGUCUCUGCUUCAUCACAGCCCCCUGUGCUGUCGCCAGAAGAAGGCCCCAGCCACCCCAACACCUCUCAGGGAGGAGAAACAGAUAGAGAUUCUCCCUCCAUCCUAGUCACUGGGUCUGAGACCUCCACCAAGUCCUCCACAGGUCCCCCUAGCACCCGGGGGGAGCAGGGUGAGACAGAGGGGGUCCCUUUGCUCCACACAGAGGACAAUACUAUCCUAGGCCUGGGUCUUACUACUGCUCCCCCAACACUACGAGAUAGUGCCACUGCCCUGGAUGCCUCCCUGUCUCGGUUCCUCGCCACCCAGCCUCCCUUCAUCCCCAAGACACAGCGGACGCCGGUGGCCACAGAGGUCCUGGUGUCCACCACACCUGUUACCAUGACAAUAAAGUCACAGGUCACCGAGGAGGAGCCCUACAUUGUUACCAUGGCAACCAGUACCACACCGACCCCGCCUCUUACUACGACGAGGAUGGUUCAGCCCAGUACCACCACUUCCAUUGAGGCCCAGACUCAGCCCACCAUCAUCCCUACCACCACUACCACAGAGACUACCUUGGGUCUCCAGAGCUCUGCUUCCACCUCCCAGCCCCCGGGCACCACUCAGACUCAGACCCAGACCCAAGGGCCCUCAACGGGGGUGAGCUCCACCGACGUCACCACCUUGCACCUGGAGACCAGCACGGCCACACAGGGGGACACCACGGCCCACAGCAUCACCACCACUGCAGCCUCCUCCUCCUACAGUUACAGCGUCCCCACCAGAAACACAGUGGAACUACACACAACAGGGAAACACACUGACAGGGGGAGCACUGAGAUAGAAGUGACCACCGCUCCAAUGGACAUCAGAUCUACACCGCAGACACCAGGUAGUGCCUGUGAGCCCGGCCCCUGUCUGAAUGGAGGUGAGUGUCUACCCUAUGGGGUGACUGGGUUCACCUGUGACUGUCUGUCAUCAUGGACAGGACCUACCUGCAAUGAGGAUGUGGAUGAGUGUGAGAGUGGCCCCUUGGGCCCCUGUCCCAGUGACUCUACUUGUGUUAAUACCAGGGGCUCCUUCAGCUGUGAGUGUCCCCUGGGUCUGGACAUGGAGCACGGAAGAGACUGCACGCGAGCAAAAACUUUCCUGGGCACGUUCAGUUUCAACGUCCCCCUGCUCUCCAGGAGCGCCACACUGCAUGAGAUCCAGAGAGAGAUCAACCAGCUGCUGAAUGCCUCACUAUCAAUUCUGCGUGGUUACCGGCGCUCUUCUUUGAGUAAAAAAGGGGAGGACGGAGUUCGUAUCUCUGCUGUCAACAUGUUCUCCAUCUCUACUGAUGUGACCAGCUCUGAGGUCUACCACAUCAUACAGAUGACUCUGAACAACUGUAACAGCCCCGCUGGACACUGCCGAGUGGUGGUCACUCACCAACUUUCCUAUCAUGUUGAGAGUCUGUGUCUGGCCCAGAAUAUCCAGUGUCACCCUGAGCAUUCUUUUUGUACCGACUCCAAUGGGACAGCCUACUGCCAGUGUCAACCAGGGUACUUCAAACUCAAUCCUGAGGAUCAGUCCUGCAUAGAAUGUGGUGAUGGUCUGAAACGGGUCAAUGGAACCUGUGUCAGGUGCACAUUUGGAUUUGGAGGAUUCAACUGUGGAAAUUUCUACAAGCUGAUAGCUGUGGUGGUAUCGCCAGCAGGGGGUGGUCUACUCCUUAUUCUCAUCAUCGCUCUCAUUGUCACCUGGUGCAAGAAAGACAAGAAUGACAUCAAUAAGAUUAUUUUCAAAAGCGGAGAUUUUCAGAUGUCGCCGUACCCAGAGUUCCCGAAGAUUAACCGUGUUUCUAUGGAGUGGGGGAGGGAAACCAUCGAGUUGCAGCAGAACGGUAGCACCAAGAACCUGCUACAGAUGACAGACAUCUACUACUCUCCUGCUUUGCGUAACUCUGACCUGGAGCAUAAUGGCCUCUACCCGUUCUCCGGCCUGCCGGGCUCCCGUCACUCCUGCAUCUACCCCGCUCAGUGGAACCCUUCCUUCAUCAGCGAUGACUCACGACGCCGGGACUACUUCUGACGCCCAGCUGCUGAAGAUCGACUGCAACAAAAACACUUCACACUGAUUUUGGAUCAUACGAUUUGAUCAUAUGUCACAAGCAAUAAUCCAUAAAUUAUAAAAGUUUGCAUGAAUUCAUAAUGUGUGGGAAAAUGUCUGUUCCGCAAAGUGAGUGUGUUUUUGUGUGUGUACGUGUAGACACCCAUUUGCCAACUGCUGUGAAUGAUUUUAUUUCACUGAAAAUACAGGUUGAAAAGACAAGCUGCCGAACUUGUUUUGUGUGUGUGAAGUAUUGUUACAUUGUGAAGAUAUUUAACUACAUAUGAGAUGGAAAAGCAUGUAUGUCAAAAAUGCUAUGUAUUUGUCAGAUGAGGAAUAGAUGCACCAAAGUGGUUUCAUAUGACAGAUUGAAUGAUGGUCAAGGUCUGCUGCAGUCUGUUGGUCUGAACAGUAGAACAGUUGUUAUUUAUUGAAUAUUUCAACUGUUAGAAAUGUAUGAAGACAUUUUCAACAUCUUGCAUUGUAAGAGGGACUCAUACCCCACCCUAUUCUAUAAGGAGUAACAUCUGAAGUUUGGACCAUCAGAGUGUGUGUAUAUGUGUGUGUGAGAAUCUUGGAUGAAUUCAGAUCAAUCACCAUGCCAAGUUUCAGAUCUCGUUGAUGGUUUGCAUAAAUAUGUACUUUAAAAACAGCAGGCUUAAUUACAAAUAGAUGGAGUUUCCUUGUAUGUAUUUGUUUUCUUCCUUCCAAUAUGAAUGAUCUCUUACCUCUGGCGUUUUAGUCAGACAUGUAUUUAAUAAUAAAUAAGAUAAAGUUCUGUAAAACUGCC